ACAAAUUGCAGUCCCUCAUCCGCUAAAACUAGCCCAGCCCAGGCAGAGCUGAUAGUGCUGCGUUGUGGCGCUGAGCUGCCUGUUUAGCGGCUGAACUUUGCAUACUACAGCAGCACCCAGCACCUUCUCCAACCUGACGGGGACUGGCAGACUGGCUGUGACUGCCUGCUUCCCCGCUGAUCCCGAUUACUCACUGGCCACUGAUAUGAGGCUUCCGCUACUUCUCCAACUUCACUCCAUCAUUUUUGUUUCUGCAACACCAUCGAUACUCUGUAUCUUCACUUUCUCUUCACUUCAUCCAGCUCCGCCGAUCGCUUUUGUUCCGUCGUCUUCGCUCUUUUGGUCGUUCGUCUUUCAAAUCUACACCCCUCCUUCAUGAUCGCGAGAUAACGAUAAGCUCAUGGCCCACGGCUAUCAUGAGUGCUCUUGACCUUGAUCGUGCCCACGAUGGCGUCACCAACCAACACCCCCCGGAAUCAAAGGAUACAGACUCUUCUGCUGAGGCGCCCCUAAAAUCAAUAGAGACUCCUCUCAAGUUCCAAAUACCUGAAGAUUGCCGCACCUUCUCGCCUUUUCCUCGCCUGCCGCCAGAGAUACGUGCCCAAAUAUGGCAAGCUACCCUGGAGACUCCCGGCAUGCACUUUCUCAAAAUCGACACCGACUGGCACCCGGCAACAGGGCUUGGAAAAUGGUGGCUCAAAGAGCCGCUAUUCCUCCACGCAAGUGUUGAAGAUCACGAUGAGGAGGUUGAUUCUAUGGCGCUCGAGGUCAGGAGGGAAGCUCGCCCUACUGCAAUGGUGUACGGUACACUGAAGCCUCUCUACCCCACUCCACAAGCCGACAUCUCUUAUUACACGAAUCUCCAUCAACAGCUCACCAAACUUUCCGUCACAUGCAAUGAAGCUGCCGCUGUAGCUAAUUCCCUUACAAAUCGGUCUACGAAUUUCCGCCUUAACACUGGCCGAAUCGUAAGUCUCAACUCCUCCUCGGAUAUCAUCUAUCUGGAAUACGUCCCACCCGAAGUCUACGAAGACAGCAUACGCUUCAACAAGGUUCUGAACUGCUCAGGGCUCGAUCAAAUUCGAAAGAUCGCGGUCAGAUAUUGCCACAAAUGGUAUGAGCAACAAUCGCCCAGGCGAUGUCCAAACUGCGGCCUAAUCCACAACACUCCUGAUAGAGUCAGGUAUCCGAAACACUUGUACAGGUUCUUGGCUCAAUAUCUCCCCAAUCUGGAGCAGUUCUUCUUUGUCGAUUACCUCAUUCUACGCAAAUCCGACCUCAAUGCUACCACAGAUCGCCACGGGUUUCAGAGUAACUUGAAAGCGAAAACCGGCACAUGCAGGUUCGAGGGCGGGAACAGAAGCUACUUCGAAGCGGAUACGCAAGAUUGGACUAUCAACUCCCGAGUUCUUCAAGUCAAAUCCUGGCUACAAGAGAACUUCGUCAAGUACGCCAAGUCGAGUAGCUUGAGCGCCCACAAGAACCCAGAGCAGGUCGAGUUUGGUGUUCUCGCUUGCGAAUGGAAUGUUGAACCACCAUCAGAGCCAAAGAAGGCACUGGCGACACCGGUCAAGAAAGGAAGAAAUAAGAGAGCCAAUAGCGAGGAGCACGCCUUAUCAAGGACGAACCGACGAGGAUCGACGCCGACGGUAUCAAGUCCUGUUACCGUUAACCUUCCACUCGACGUGGCGGUCAACUUCCCGUUCGUUUUUGAUGCAUGUGGCAGCAACAACUUUGAAUUCACCUUUUCUAUGUCCCUAUAAUGACUUUGAAUGGAUUUUAUUUGGCUUUUGCGAGGAGUUGAGGCUAAGGAUGAGAUUUGGGCUACAAGAGCCAGCACUUUGAUGCUACAGGAGGACGGCGAAGCACAUCAACACCAGAGUGCUCAGCCACGAAUUAUCGUUACAGAGAUUAGAUUAACUUAGAGUAUAAAUUUCCCCGAUGAACCGUCACCUUGAAUCCGAAUUCUACGACUGCGUCUUGCUCCUACGCUACGAAGUUGUUUCUGUAAUUCCUCGUAUUGCCUGGAUUGCAGGGCCAGCUGGAAAAUGUUCAGUAAAUCCCCAUCAUGGUGAACUCGUCCAGCAUAUCCUUUGUUAUCCUAUUAAUCUCCAUCAACUUGCUUGGUCGCGCCGUCCACCCAUCCUCCACAUCUCCAAGCUCAGUAUUCAGCAUAUCCCGAUACCGCUGAUUGGUCAACAGACCUGUCCAAGCGCUUUGGCUUGACCACGCACUAGGGAGUCCCAUGAGAAGAUUCAUUUGACUCAUAAUGUGGCGAAACAUCUCGGAGAAGAGCACGAAUUGGGUUGACGGCUCGAUUAGAGGUAUGUCGGCAAACGACAUCGGAGCGGCAUCGAUGAGGUCCUGGUGUGGAUCUGAUAUCGAGUUGAAUAUGAUCCUGAGUACGACUUCAAGAUGUUUGGUGAGUUGUACGUAGCAAGAUAUUAUUAGAAACAUCGUCGGCGAAUCGAAUACUGGGGGAAGCUCGGGUGUAGUGCUUCCGGAUGUUGGUGUCGCUUCACCCGACGAAGAAGCUAUCGACUCAGGAGAUUCUGUGUUUGCCUCCAAGGACAGCAUCAUCCUGUUUGUAUGUGGCUUGCGACCUUGGCAAUACACAGUCCGUGUCCCGAGCUGCCGAUGUAGCGUCUUCAGAACAACAAGGUACUCCUGCGCCGCCUUCAAGACCACCUGAAUAUUCUGAUACCCAUUCUGCCUCUCCCGAUCCUCACACACAAACGUACUCAACCGAAAGUCAUUUUCAAGCUGAGACACGAAUUCCCAGCCCUGGUGGAUAUCGACAUUAAGUUUCGAUAACUUCUCGAAUACCUGCAUACUAGGCACUAUGAUCCGUUGCUCAAGCUCAGGCGGAUCAAGUUCUGACACAGAAGGCCACGCAUCCAUAGGAAACGGGAGACUUUCGGGUGUAUACCCGCAAAACGGAUCAAGAUUCCAAGCUGUGUCGUCCAACAGCGCUUGGACAAACUGCAUAUCUUCAGUGGGUUUAUGAAGUACCAUGUCCUUCUUGGGCGGUCUGCCGACACGUCGUUGCAGGCCGGCCUGACAUGUUAGGCCGAGCCGGGUGCAGCGGGCGCAUGAGGGUGAAGAGAGGGAUCGUGAGCAGCGCAGUUUCUGGCGACGACAGCGCUCGCAUGCUGAGCGAAUUUGAUUCGGGUGCGUGUGCAUUGUUUGUUGGUGAUGAGUUUUGAAAAUUGGUUUAUGAGUGAGACG